AUGGUGGCAACCAAUGUUGUAGCUGGCCACACAUCAUCCCGUGGGUUCAUUCUCGUCAGUAAGGAUCUGUAUGACAGCACAGUCAAGAUCAACAUGAACGAUACUAGCGCAGCAACUAAUCAGCAUUCCGAAGACGAUCGUCACAAUUCUUCUUCGGAUCCAGAAUUGACCUCUCGACUAAAUGACAGUCAAGAUGCGAGCGGCCACCAUGGAGCUGAUGAAAUCUCGAAGAAUGGUGGAAAGAAGGAAUUGACGGAAGCAGCAGCCUAUGACGAACUGGGCUACAGCUUUCCAGUGUGGAGAAAGUGGCAGAUCUUGUGUGUGAUGUUUUGCAUUCAAAUCUCAAUGAAUCUGAAUGCGAGCCUCUAUGCCAACGGUGUUCAGGCGAUCUCUCAAGAGCAUAAUGUCAGCGAGCAAGUUGCACGAAUCCCACAACUGACUUUCCUCUGCGCUUAUGCUUUCGGUUGUGAGCUCUGGGCACCAUGGAGUGAAGAGCUGGGAAGAUGGCCGACACAGCAGCUCAGUCUCCUCCUUGUCAACAUAUGGCAAUUUCCUUGUGCUUUUGCUCCCAAUUUCGCAACUUACGUUGUGGUGCGCCUCCUUGGCGGCCUCAGUACCGCUGGUGGCUCGGUGACACUCGGAGUCAUUGCAGAUAUGUGGGAACCUGACGACCAAGAAUAUGCUGUCGCCUUUCUUGUACUGUCUUCGGUGGGUGGAUCGGUUGUGGGCGCGGUGGUAGGUGGCUUCGUGGAAGCGCGACAGCCCUUGAGAUGGAUCUUUUGGGUACAACUCAUUGCCGGAGGGGCCGUUCAGAUAAUGCACUUUCUUCUGGUGCCAGAAACACGAGCUACCAUUCUACUGGAUAGAGUAGCAAAGAAAAGACGAAAGGCUGGUCCAGGAACGGUCAACAUAUGGGGACCACAUGAGAUCCACGGUUACGCUCUAUCUCCGCGCGAAAUCUGGGUUUGGUGGAAGCGACCAUUCCAAAUGUUACUCACCGAGCCCAUUGUGAUGUGGCUUUCGUUGCUGAGUGGCUUCAGCGAUUCCUUGAUCUUCACUUUUCUUCAGGGAUUCCAGCCAAUCUACAAGCAAUGGGGCUUCGGAACAAUUCAGAUCAGCCUCGCUUUUAUUCCUCUUCUUAUUGGAUACUUUAUCGCUUACCUUUCGUUUCUUCCAUCUAUUCACAUGUUCAGGCAAAGGCGACGAAAGUAUGGUUCCGAGUCCGUGUCUCCAGAAGCACGCUUGUGGUGGCUACUUUAUGUGAUUCCAUGUCUACCCAUCGGUCUGUUUGGGUUCGCAUGGACGAGUCUUGGACCUCCACGGGUUCACUGGAUUGCCCCAAUGAUUUUCACGCUGGUCAUUGGCAUUGCCAAUUAUUCCAUAUAUCAAUCUUCUAUUGACUAUACAGUUGCUGCUUACGGCGAGUAUGCAGCAUCUGCCACAGCCGGUAACGAUUUCGCUCGUGAUUUUCUUGCGGGAAUUGCGGCUAUGUAUUCCACGCCCAUGUUUGAAAAUAUUGGGGACACUUACCCGUAUGAAUACGCUUCGACAAUUCUCGCAUGCAUCUCUUUACUCGUCACAGUACCUAUAUACUACUUUUACCGCCAUGGUCCAGCAAUUCGUGAAAGAUCCCCAUUUGCGAAGCAAAUGAUGGAACAUACAAAGCAACGACGAUUAUCUCGUGUCGUUUACGACGAGAAAGAAAGAAGUGAAGAGCAUCACAUAGAGGAUGCCCGAAAGUCUAGCGCAUGA